GACUGUAAACAUAGCACAGCGUAUGAUAUCCUUUGGCGCGUACAAACUUUUAGUGCUUAUUUGAAACUUUGGUUGUUAAACGAGGAGGCGCGAAUACAUCUACGAAUUUUCUGCCUGCUCUUCAGGUGCGCGAUGAAGUCCAACAAAAACGUGAGUGACGAGAAACCAUGGGGAGAGUUGGAGCCUAAGGAGGACGUGGUCAAGCAGGAAGUGGUAACGCCGGAUCUCAUUGAGACCAUUUGGCGGCAGGUCAUGGACGACUCGAACAGCACCGACUGCGACUACCGGAACGACCGGCAGUCCGAAUACUUGCAGCUGCCGAUGGGAAAUCUACACGUGCUGAACACCAUAAAUCUUCAUCAGCAGCUACGCACGAUGGACGAAGGAAACGUGCUUGGGAACAUGACAGUCAUCGAGUCGCAGGAUUCGAAGAAAACAAGUUGUACGGGUCUAUUUAAUUUUCUGCCUCAUCAGUCAAGAAGAGACACGUUUAAGGACAGUUCCACUGUGCAUCACCUGACGCCGCAGUCCGCGCGGAAUCUGCUCAGGCACGCCGUGACUACCCUGGUGGCGCACAUAGGAUUCGAAAACUCGUCGGAUGUAGCUGUAGAGACGCUCACCGACAUCGCGGAUCACUUUCUCAGGCGGAUAACUCUUCUGUUGAAAGUAGCGAGUGAACAGAAGGAUCGCGGAUUUCCCGACGCCGUGGAGAGAGUGCUGCUGGAGACCGGCGUGGGUGGCGUGUCGGCGUUGCACGACUUCUAUCAGGAGUACGUCUUGAAGUUCGAGGAGAACACGAGGAGGAAGGUCGAGGAAGCGAUGGAGAAGCAGAGGAUGGUCCUGGACGAGGCGGCCAGCAAGCUGCAGUUCGAAGAGCUGGACGAGUUCGGCAACGUGUACCGAAAUGUGCCGACGUUGCAGCUGCUCGAUCCCGAAAUGGGCUUCACGCCCAGCCUGGACGCGGGCUUCCAAAUGCUCUAUAGCCUCGAACAGGACGAGUAGGCUCUACCUCGGCGCGCGAUCUCGCGCACGUCCGGUCGUGUAUUCAGAAUUGACGAUCUUACUGCCUGGAGAUUGAAUAGCAUGGACGGAGGCGAAUGUGAGCGGUUCCCCGAGCGCGGGGCACCGGUCGAGCGCAUCCGUGGAAAGUAAAGAGCGAUGUUGACGAUCUCCUGUAUCGAGAAGGUGCAUAUUGAGGUUACCAAGUCCGAAAUAAAGAAUUCGAUUUUAUUCUUUCGGA